GUGAAAAGCUUGAAAACAUGAAGGGAAGGAAAUAGUCUCUGAACAUGACUGAGGAGCGUCAUGUGACAAUGAUCUAUUCCAACUCCCAGCAGACAUACCACUGGCUCCAGAGGAAUUUAAAUGCCAUUGUAUCAGCAUGCAUCUGUAGAUCUGGAAAACAUGAAGCCUGUGACUUUCUUCAUUUGCCUCGUGGGAUCAGCUUUUGCUAUUCCGAUAAAUUUCAGGUUCAUGCCAGACAAUUCCCAGGCGGCAACUGUCUCCGAGAAACAACAUACAGAGAAGACAUCUGCAGCAGGACAAAAUAUUGCAGUACCAAUACUGGGCGAUUCACUAGUUGCAAGCAAAUAUGCAACAUUUAUAGCAGACCAGUUGCCCUCUAAUGGUAGUCAAUUGCAGGUUAGAGAUACUUCUUCUGAAUCUUCAAAGAAGAAAAACUCAGAGUCUGAGCAGUAUAUGAACAGCAAUAAUGAUUUACUCUCAAUUCAGGGCAGCAGUGACAGGGAGGAGCAGACAUUGAUGAUGGAUGAUGAAGACAAGGAUGAGCAUAGGAACGCUAACAGACAGGAAAGAAACAGUAGUGAGCGUCAAGUGAAAAGAAGUUUAGGGCGUAUUAACUUCCUUGCUCAGAACAUGGGUGUAACGCUGGCUUCUGACAAUCAGGAGAGUGUCUUUGAGAGAAGCAGCAGCCAUCAAUCUAAUCGUGAGCAUCAGUUCAAGAACGAUGUUAAGAAAAGCAAUAUGGCUAGCGAUGAUCAGGAAAACCCAGGGCAGGGUCUCACUGUUGAUCAGGAACAGGACACAUGGAUGUACAAUAAAAAUCCUGUUGGAUUAUUUGAAAACAACAGUGAAGGUGAUGAGGAAGAGGAGGAGGAGGAGACAGAGGAAUGGGAUGAAACUGGCUACAGAGACAGGAGGCAAAAAGCCCACAUGAAAAUUCAAGAUCUCUACAGGAGUGAGAAGAAUGAAGAUAGCAGCCAAUCUGAUGAAAUGCUGAGAGAUGCUAGUCAGCCUCUCCAGAUAACUAAGAGGCAGAAUGAGGAAUUUGAAGAGGCUGACCAAAAAGAAGAUGAGGAGAAUAGUACCCCAGCACAGUCACAUAAAGGAGAAGAGGUGACAAGCUCACCAAAAAGUACUGAACAAGAUCAGAAUGCUGAGUGGCCAAGCCAGGAGGAUGAAGAUAGGUUCCAAGACAAUACACAGAGCAUUAGUGACCACGAGGAAGUGGUGAAAAGACAGAAUCUAAAAAAAGCUGCUGCAUAUAUGGAGGCCAGCAAUGUUGAGGACAACAGUCAUGAAAACAAUGAUGAUGAUUCUAAUAAUGAUGCUGAGAGCGAUGAAGAAGAUUUCAAAAAAAGCCAAAAGGAAGCAGCCUACCACGAGGGUGAACAAAUUCGAAGUAAUGAUCACAGAAGCAUUAGUUCUGAGGCGCAGGGGGAAGGAAAGGAUGAAGAUGAAAGUGUGGUGACUAAUGAGACAGAGGAUGACCAAAAUGUCAACAUUAAACACCUCAUUCACUUUGAACAAGAUUAUUAUAGUCAUGAGCCAGCCAUUUCUGACAAUGAGGAACGUGAGAAAAUAAUCAGCCUUGUGCAAAGGAGUGUGAACACCAUGGAACCUGAAGAUAAUGUUAUGACGACAGACAGUUCAUACAAUGAGGAUGAAAGUUCCAGUGAUAGCAGUAUGAAGGUUCUUCUCUGGGGGAUGACAGGAGGAGAUACUUCCAGUUCAGCUGCAACCAAUCCUUGUAGGAACUUCCACUGUAAAAGAGGUAAGGUCUGCCAAGCAGAUGAACAAGAAAAACUUAGUUGUGUUUGCCAAGAUCCGGCUGCUUGCCCUCCAACUAAAGAUCAUGAGCAUGUUUGUGGCACUGAUAAUAAAACCUACGAUGGCACAUGUCAGCUCUUUGGUACUAAGUGUAAACUUGAAGGGACAAAAAUGGGACACCAGCUGCACUUGGACUAUAUGGGAUCCUGCAAAUACAUUCCUCCUUGCACUGACUAUGAAGUGGAUCAGUUCCCUCUCCGGAUGAGACACUGGCUCAAGAACGUCCUCAUGCAGCUCUAUGAGCAUGAUCUGGACAGGUCUGGAUUUCUAUCUGACAAACAGAGGAGUAAAGUCAAGAAAAUCUACCAGAAUGAAAAACGUCUGAUGGCUGGAGAUAAUCCAGUUGAGCUUCUGUUACAUGACUUUGAGAAAAACUAUCAUAUGUAUGUGUACCCAGUGCACUGGCAGUUUAGCCAGCUUGAUUGGCACCCUGCCAACAGAUUAUUGUCGCACUCAGAGCUUGCUCCUUUGCGAGCUUCUCUAGUUCCCAUGGAACACUGCAUAACUCGUUUUUUCCAGGAGUGUGAUGCUGACAGAAAUAAGCAUGUCUCUUUGAAGGAGUGGUGCCACUGUUUUGGAAUUAAAGAAGAAGACACGGAUGAAAACCUCCUGUUCUAAACCUAGCAGGAUAGAGUUCCAGCACCCUGUUCACAUACCAGUCAAAUCUGUAAAGCCAUUGUAUUUCCAAGAUACUGAUAGAGUAACACGUUUGAACAGAGAGCUUACAUAAAGAUUUUUGUAGAUUGACAGGGUUACUCCCAAAGAAAACAAAAAAAUAAAAAUUCUAAAUCAAUUAACAGUAGCAGAAUCUAAGCACUUCUCGCAUGACAUAUCUAAACGGUUGUUUCCUGCCUGGAGUUUUACAAUCCAUAAUAUCUCUCUGUACACAAUAGAAAAUAAUUGUGCAUGAUAGAAUUGUUCAGAAUACUGUUCUUCACAUCAACACAUAUAGUGUGGAUUGUGUUUGUAUACUGCAGAAAACUAGAAAUAGGACAAUUUUAUUUUAUUGUCAAUGUACUGUAUUGCUAGUUUCUUAACAUUCUAAUA